GGACCAGCAGCUGCUGCAGCACAUGGUGAAGAAGAUCAGGAAGAUUCAGGGGGACUGUGAGGAGCUCAGCUUGGUCUCAGUGAGCCUCCAGAAGGACUGUGAGCAAAAGCAGAAAGAUAUUGAGAUGCUGUUCCAGUCCUUGGAGACACUGAAGAAGGACAAAGCAGAUGAGCAGAACAUGUUGGUGGCAAAGGAUAUGAAAGUUGCCUUGGGCAGCAAAGUCAGUUCCACCCAGUUUGAGGCAAGCAUGGAGCGGCUGGAUCAGAGGAUGCAGGAGAUGCAAGCCCAGAUGUCAGGACAGAAUCAACACUGGAAUCAGAUUCAGCAGGAGCUCAGUGACAUGAUAGGAAACAAGCUGGAUCGCCAGGAGCUGAAGGAUUUCCAUAAACAGAUGGAGGAGACCUGGCAGAAGAGCAUCAAGGAGCUUGAGAAGAAGACGGCAGAGGGUGACAGCGCUGCUGGGUUGAGGAAGCAGCUACCAGUCCCUUUCACGUGCCUGUCCUGUGACCGCACGGUCAAAAUGCAGGUUCCUGGCCCGUGAGUAUCAGCUCUGCUUCGGGGGGGCUGCGUCAGUGGGAUGGGGGCAAUGGGUGCCAGGGGUGACCCGCUGUGCCAGGCACAGGGGUGAGGGUGUCAGCUUGGGAGGGUCUGACUCUGCUGAGCCCCCUCCUCAGCCCAUCAGGAGGGAGGGUGAGGCCUUGUCCCCAAGGGCUGCCAGCAGGGGAAUCUGUGAGGUACAAGGCUGUGGGUUUUGGGGUCCUGCCCCGAGCAGGUGUGGGUUGUUUGUCCCCUGUUACCCACCUGUGGCUUUUGCCCUCCUCAGGAAACCUGAGACACUCCCAUCUUUGCCGCCACUGCUCCCCAG